CGUUUUUUCCUCUCUCCUCUCUCUCUCCCUCUCCGCCCCGUGCUCUCAGUAGCGAUUAGCGACCCGUUCGCACCCAAAAAAAAAAAGGGGUCGCAAUAUCAAUACACCGGCGAUCUAUACGGCGUCGCUCAUCGCCCCCCCUCCCUUCCCCACCCGUGUAAUCCCAAACUCUAACCCUAAUAAUUAAGGGUAUAUUAUUUUGAUAAUGACAAGCACCUCAUCAACAAGCACCUUUUUCCCAAUGCGGAAGCAUCGUUGCCCGUGUGGGGAUGAGCAAUGCUAUAUCGAGCCCGAAGGAUUUGAAGAAGAGGAAUUAGUCGAACAAGUCGGAGUGAUGGAGCCAAAUUUUGACCUUGGAAGUCCAAAACUAUCUCUUAAUUCAAAUAAGGUUGCCGCUCCACCAUACGUGGGACAAUCGUUCCAAAGCGACGAAGAAGCCCUAGAGUAUUAUAGCAAUUUUGCGAGAAAUAAUGGGUUUUUAGUGAGGCGAGAGCGGUCGAAGGGGAACCCUGAGCACCCGAUGGGAGUUUAUAAACGAGAACUCGUUUGCCAUCGGGCCGGCUCCCCUCUAUCCGUUAAAUCUCCAGAAGCCAAAAGGCAAAGGAAGAAAAAACCCUCGCGGUGCAAAUGCGAUGCACAAAUGGUGAUUAAGAAGAAUGUAUUGAGCGGAGCAACAAAAUGGGUAGUCAUUAGUUUUAGUAAUUUGCAUAAUCAUGACUUGUUGGAUAUCAAUGAUGUGCACUAUUCACCGGGUUAUAGAUACAUAUCUCAAGCCGACCGAGAGCGGAUAUUGGCUCUUGUGAAGGGCGGUUGUAAUGCGAAUCUUAUAAUUAGGGCUCUUGAAAUGGAAAAGGGUAUAAAACCUGGCCAAUUGACGUUUGGGGAAAGGGAUUUGAAGAACUUUCUUAAUGCUUCAAUGAGUAUAAAUCCCGAGAAUGAAGGGUUGGAGCUUCUUAAAGCUUGUAAAGUAAUGAAAGAGAGGAACCCGGAUUUUCGAUAUGAAUUUACUUAUGACGAGAGUAACAAGCUCGAGCACAUUGCUUGGUCUUAUGUGGGCUCAAUUCAGGCCUAUAAGAUAUUUGGUGAUGUGGUAUUUUUCGACACAACUUAUCAUCUCUAUGCAUAUGAUAGAAUAGUUGGGGUUUGGUUUGGUCUGGACAAUAAUGGAAAUACCAUAUUUUUCUGUUGUGCUGUGCUGCUAGAUGAGAAGCCAGAUUCUUAUAGAUGGGCCUUCCAGGCAUUCCUCCGACUCAUGGAUGGUAAGCUCCCGCAGACAAUAUUGACCGACUUCGAUUUGGGUCUUAAAGAUGCUCUAACGAAUGAGUUACCGAGUGCAAAACAUGCUUUCUCUAUUUGGCAUAUAAUGUCAAAGCUACCGGGUUGGUUUUCUUCAUCUCUUGGUUCGGAAUAUGAGAAGUUUAAAUCCGAAUUUUACAGAAUAUAUGAGUCGGAUACUGUGGAGGAUUUCGAGCUUCAUUGGGAACAGAUGGUUAUUGAGUUUGGACUUGGCUCCGAUAGGCAUAUAAGCCUUCUAUUCAUUCACCGGUCUUGUUGGGCAUUACCAUACUUGCGAAGUUGGUUUUUUGGUGGACUAUUGACAACUAAUAAUUCUAUGGCAACUAAGUUUUUCUUCAAAGGGUUCUUAAACUCUCAAACCCGGCUAAAGGAUUUCACCGAGCAGGUGGGUGUUGCAGUUGAUUUUCAAAACCAAGCAGGCGAAGAAGCAGCAACACAACAAAGCCAAGAGAGCCUCAAGAUCAAAACAUGCUUGCCCCUCGAGGAGCAUGCGUCGACUAUCUUGACAAAGUACGCUUUUGAGAUGUUUCAAAAGGAAAUGAUGUUUUCGACCCACUACGCGGUUUAUGAAACAUCGCGCGAGAGCUAUCUUGUUCGCCAUCAUCUAAAGAGCGACGGAGGGCAUAUUGUAAGUUGUAUUCCAUCUACUGAAGAAGUCCACUGCACUUGUAAAGGGUUCGAGUGCACAGGGAUUUUAUGCAAACACGCUCUUCGAGUGCUUUCCUUGAAAAAUUGCUUUCUUGUUCCGGAGAAGUAUCUUAUACCUCGUUGGCGCAGAGAAAGCUCGCUUUACCCUAAAAGUAGCGGGCACAAGUAUCGAUCACAAGCAUUACGGUCGCUUGCAUCUAUUAUAAUUCAAGAAUCGUCAGUAACUAGAGAUCGGUUUGAUUACGUGCAAUGGCACUUGAGCAGGCUUCUUGACCAUGUGAGGGACAUGUCGGCGGCGGAUGAAUCAAACGGCUCGGAUCUAGAGCCUAGCACAUCUUUUGAUGCGAGAGUUGAUGUUGUUCCGGCGCGGUCGGUUACGAGAGGGAGACCAAGGAAGUUAAAGGGGAUGGCGCGAGUGGCAAAGGAAAGCAAUAGAGUUGCAGAAGGGGAUUAAUCACCAAAUGCAGCAACAAAGAUGGCCAGUUAUUUGGUGUAUGAUCUGCUAAUGCUUCGUAACGAGAAGAGGAGCAUAAAGUUACGAUCGGAUCGAUGAUGGCUCGAUACUCUACCAAAUUCGAAGAAAAAUAAGUUCCAAUUGGUGGCGGCCCGCCUUUUCUCCCUUUGAUGUCAUCGAUAGGUGAAGCACACUCUGCUCCUUCCUAGUCUUACAUGUAUUGUAAAUCAUUUCGUCUGAUCUAUUUUGAGCUUUUUUAUCCCUAUAUUUUUUACAGAGAAGUAGGUCUUUUACUACUAUGACCCAAUAUAUGUAAAGAUGUAAAAAAGUUUCUUGCACAGAUCUGUCUGGAGAGGCUCGAGAAGAUCAUAACCCAGAUGCAUGAAUAGUUCUGAAACUGCCUCCCUGUUCUUAUCUUAAUUACUAGUGAGGAAACAAACUAGCUAAUCUUGUCAUGGUCCAAAUAAACGAUGUAUCAUGUGAUGCCGAGUUACUAUUUAUUUACUGACUAAAUUUUACCGAAUUUAAAUA